AUGGAACUGAUGGUCACGCUGUCGAUCAUUGUGCUCCUGCUCGGAUUCCUAGCGUCGGCGCUUGGACGCGCGACUCAGAGUGCGCGACAAACCGCAAGUCAACAAUCAGCAGAGGCUAUUGCGGCAUCAGUUGAGCAGUUCCGUCUCGAGUUUGGUUUCCUUCCUCCCCUUGUUCACGACGGCGAGAUCAUCAGUGGUGGUGAUUUCCGUCCUUGGGAUCAGUCUGCGGGGAUGGUAACUGCCGAGGAAGGACCACUCGCUCCAGGACUUGCGGAUGUUCCUUAUCAAUACCAACAGCUUGUUGUUUGGAAUGAAGGCUAUGACUUCGAUUUCUUUCGUAGACGCGAUGGGAGUGCGACAGACGAGAUUGAAAUCCCAGCUGGUGGGCCAUGGGAUCUCGAUGGUGCAUGGGAUGACCGGCGUUAUUCUCGCUACGCGCUUGCAUAUUACCUCACAGGAACUCUGCCGCGUUCUGUUGAUGGAGUUGCCGGGCAAGGCAUGAGCCGUCCUCUUGCAAAUGGUGGAUUCGUGAAUGUUGGUUACCCAAUCGGGAGCACACGUGAUCGCUACGAACCAACCAUCGAUACCGAUCGUCAAGGGAUUAAACUCCAGACUGGAUAUGUGCGUCCAAUAGACCUCGCUGAGCACGCUGUAGAGCCGUAUUCAGAUAACCUUGUGCCACAGAAUGUGUAUGACCUCUACGAUGAAGAAGAGCUCGAUCAACUCACUGCUCUUGUAGAUGCAUUUGGGACAGCGUUUCGUUACUACCGCUGGGAACACGGCCGCUACAACGCAGCGCGACAACUGGUCAUAGAAACCUCGCUGGAUCUCAACAUUCCUCCAAUUUUGCUUGAUCCUGAAGUGUUGGUUGAACUGGAAAACGAUGAUAGUGCGAACCCUGUAUUGGAUGUGACAGCGGGAAAUGCUGAACUUCGUCAGGCACGAUUCGCGAUCGUUGGUGCCGGUGCUGACAAGCUCUUUGGUACCGAGCCAAUAGAGCACAUCGUGAAAAUCCUGAACACCAGAGAUCCCGGAACUGAUGCCGGAGAGAUCGCCCGAAUUCGCAAGCUCGCCAUGGAUGACAAUGUCGUCGCGUACGGUGCAUUCACACUCGUAGAAGUGCUCGUGGUUGCGGUGAUUGCGUUCAUUCUGAUUUCGAUCAGUGUGCCUGCGUAUCAGACGCUAAUCAACUCAUCUGAGCGAUCCCUUGCUGUGAACUCUGUACAAGCAGCCAUCCAAGCUGCGCAGGACAUAGCGCUGGAUGGACGAGAAGGCGAAGACGGCGCCAUCGUCUUCCUCGUCGACGAGAACGGCUUGAUGACUAUGGUUCCUGCAGUCAAGAUCGGCGAUUACAAAGAGCCAUACGCGGAAGCCCCAGGCGCUCUGGGGUUCCAGUCGUUCGAUUACGACUAUAUCGAGAUGGAAAUCUUCGCCCCGUUAACUACAGGAGAAUCCAUCCAACUCCCUGAAUCAUGGUUCGUUCGUGGAUACGCGCCAAUCGGGAGCAUGAUUGAUCGCUUCGUAGUUCGUGGCGCACCCGCACAGAAUAGAUUCGCUGCCGUUUGGUACAACUCUUCGAUUUACGGCGGAAGUGAUAUUCAAAGUGAUAUCAAACAAGAAGGUCAUUGGGUCUUCCCAGAAACCAACUUGUUUGCGAAAGACGCUCAGCAUGUCGGAGGAAGUGCAACGACUGGCGAUCUUGGAGGGAUCCAAGGCCAGUUCAGAACACCUCGCCAAUCCUUCAUGAUCCGAUUUGAUGGAGAGAGCGGCCAACUCAGCAGAUCAACAGAACCGGCGUUGUUCAUCUCUCCUCGUAAGAGCCGUGAGCGCCCAUUUGGAGAUCAACCCAACACAACGGAUCGAUGGAAGCGCGUAGAUCUUGCAGACAAUAUCCAGCGAUGGGGGAUCCGCAUGCUCUCAGCAUCGGACACCAACUCCGAUGGGACCCAUUGGACAAUUCAAGAUCAAUACACCAGAGCCUUGUGGAUGGGCAACAUCUCCCAUGACACUGUACUGGUCAAAGCAGUAACCCGAAUCGCGCUCUACAACGAGCAAGACAUGGCGCAGGAUCUUGGCGCUCGCGGGCUCAAUCGAGUCACAGGCACGCUCUAUAACGCAUACGACCAAACCGAUUCCGAAUCAGAGAUUGUGUUCGAUGAACUCCUGUGGGCCGGCGCGUUUCCAGGGGAAGAUCUAGUCCGUGAUCGCAUCAAUCGCUGGAUCGAAGGCGAUACCAACGGUGAUGGACAAAUCGUCUUCGAUACUGAAGAUCUCGAACUACUCGAUGAACCGCGCUCUCGCUUGUACCUCAUUAGUCCCUACUCGGGACAACUCCAGGAGGUCUUCCGAUGA